AUGUUCGCUGGGGCUGGGCGCAUUGCCCGGAUGGCCCGACAAGCUGGUCAAAAGGCUGUAGCACUGGACAUAGUCUACAGCAGUCAUAGCCAUUGUUUUGACAUCAACGAAGAUGCCGGCUUUGCGUUGGCUGCGAAAUCCCUUUUGGAUGGCGACUAUGGAGAGGUGAUGGGAACCUAUGGGGUCUGUUGUUCGAGCUGGGUAGCCACAUCACGAGGAUCAACUAAGAGGAGUUUCCUCACCCCAAUGGGGUGCACUGAAUACCAGUCGGUAUUGUUGGCAAACAAGAUGGUGAGCCGGUUGGUAUUGUUGAUCUUGAUCAACGUGGCGAUGCUUGGGACGUAUUGGAUAGAGCAACCAUCAAGUACAUUAAUCAUGCUUCAUGAGCGAAUGGUGUGGCUUCUAGACCUUUUGGAAAGGUUGAAUAUGAGAAUGUUUCGACAGCUAUUUUGGAUGAGAGCCCUGCAACAUCCAACUCCGAAGAGAACAAUAUUGUUUUCCAACUCCCGAUGGAUUUCUUUGUUCUCCUUCGCUGCGAGAAUGAAAAAGCACCAGCUCCGGAGCCAGAUUGAAACGACCGACACGUAUUUCAACAAGGAAGGCAAAAAAAGGUUUAAGGGGAAUGCGUCGUUGAAGAAAACUCAGACCCUCGUCUAG